AUGAGAACUAUGGUAGACUUAGGAAGAGAAAGAAGCAGCCAUCUACGUAUCGUUGAUUCUCCGACGAACGUUGACUGUUCCCGUGAAGUUCGUCUCCGACGAUCCCUCCGUUCACUCGUCGAAUGCUUAGUCCCAUACUGUUGCACUUACCAAUCUCCUCCCUCCGACCAAAACGAAACCGUACUUGUCUCUUCCUCCGAGAAAACCGGUGUCGUCGUAACUGGAACUUUCUUCGGUCACCGCCGUGGACACGUCAGCUUCUGCCUCCAAGACGACACUCGUCCAUCCUCUUCUCCUCUCCUCCUCCUCGAGCUAGCCGUCCCCACGGCGGCUCUUGCUCGGGAGAUGGAGGAGGGCUUUCUUCGUAUCGCUCUCCGGAGCAAAAGCAACCGUCGGUCCAAUAUCUUUGACGUUCCUGUUUGGUCUAUGUAUUGCAACGGCCGGAAAGUUGGGUUUGCGGUGAGGAGAGAGAUGACUGAAAACGACGUCGGGUUUCUCCGGACGAUGCAGUCUGUUUCCGUUGGCGCAGGGGUGAUUCCAAACGGUGACGUGAUGUAUUUGAGAGCGAAGUUCGAGCGAGUCACCGGGUCGAAUGACUCGGAAUCGUUUCAUAUGGUAAACUCAGGGGGUAGCUAUGGACAGGAGCUUAGCAUUUUUCUUUUAAGAUCGUGA